CAAAAACAAAACAGCCGGCACGACCACGGACAUCGCGAUCAAUCGCGAUCACGGGCAGGAAAAUUAUAAUUUUUUUUGAGGAUUAGUUGAAGCCACUUCGAGGACAUGCGUUUAUAAUAAAGAAACUUUAAUAAUUGGAGACUCGAACUGUGAUACCAAAUUCCGCCAAAUUCAACUUGUGUUUUGUUUGAGGCACGGCAGGUUAUGUGUAUGCAUGUUGUAUGAUCAUUAAAAAGCAAAAAUGAAUCUACAAGUCAUCACAAAACUCUCUGCCCUCACCAUUCGAGUGGCCCGAUUACAAAGGCAACCGCUUCGAUUGCUGACAAGAAAAUCGACUAUCAUGGAAGAAUUCGAGGACUUUGAAAAAAGCCCAGAAGAUGCGCCUAACGAAUUUGGUUUUGGAGACAAAAGACGAAUGGACGCACACUCGUUCCUUCUAAGCAAAGUGGCGGCAGGGAAACUUUACAGCAGUCAUGAGUGGGACGAGAUACUUAGCAAUGCGCUGGAAAUGCCAAAGUGGAGUGUCAACAACAUCAACAUUUCUGGGAUUGUCAUGAGCCAUUGCCUCACGGAGAACAAUUACAAUCUUGCUUUGUGCUUUUUGAAGUAUCUCGAGGAGAACGACAAGGAAAUCAACAACGGCACAAUAUCAGUUUUUCUCCGCCUCUGUCACUCCACCUGGCCUGAGCCGUCGGAAGAAGUAAUUUUCAAGUACUACGACCUUUUGAAAAAUAGAAUUCCUUUUUUCAUUGGAACCCUAGCCGAAAACUGCAUCUUGGCCCUUUCGUGGACCUCCCGUUGGAGAGAGUGCUUCGAACUUGUCGAAUUCGUACGAUCUUCUGGCAUCAUGGGAAUACACAUUUACACCAUACUGAUUACCACUGCCUUUCGUAACAAGGAUCCAAAACUAGGUUGGGAUUUCCUAAAUAAAGCCGGUGUUGAAGGGAAGCAUGUCAGAGCAGAGACCUUUUCAACUUGGCUACAAUACUGUGCUGAAAAUGAACCUACUUUGGCUGGUGCAGAGUCCAUCCUAAACUACUUUUAUGAAAUUAAUUAUCCUGUCAACGAGGUCAUCGCUGAAGAUGUGAAGCAGUACUUUGAAUGUGUGGUUAAGCCUGCGUGGAAGGUUGAGAGCACAGCUGUUAGGCCAAAUGGGAUGUGCGUGGCGUGCAGGAAAAAACUGCCAUCGAUUCAUAUAUCGUUAGAAGAAUUCAACAUUCUCAGCGCACACUUUUUUGAAAAAAAUCUUUUGGGCAAAGAUGUUUUCUCUAAGUCAUCGCCAGGAGAAAUUGAGAGGUUUAGUGCUUUCUUAAAGCAAAGCCGUCCCUACGACGUGGUCAUCGAUGGACUCAACGCUGCCUUCUGUGCUGGAGUCCGAAAUGCCAUUCCUCCAAUUGACUUACUUACAGAUGUUGUGGAGUAUUUUCUUGCAAGAGACAUGAAGAUUUUAGUUAUUGGAAGAGCUCACAUGUUAAAGUGGAACAGAAGAAAAAUGGAUUAUAUUCAAAGAAAUUCAAAAGUCUUCCUAACAGAGAACUUAUCUCAAGACGAUCCUUUCGUCCUUUAUGCUGCAAUGUCUGGAGGCCCAGAUACAUAUUUUGUUUCAAGGGAUAUGAUGAGGGGCCACAAACACAAGCUGAAUGAUGUGGAAAUGGAAAGACUGUUUAAAAGAUGGCAACUGGCCCGACAAUAUUCUGUUUUUGGUCUUGUAUCCCGAGCAAAAGCACUGAUUUACCCUCCGUCAUCGUUUUUACCAUUUUCACAAAAGACCGGAGAUUCCUGGCACGUUCCUUAUGUCGAGGGUACCAAUGAAUACAUGAACCAGGUGUUUAAGCCCCCAAAAACUUGGCUUUGCAUAAGAAAAUAAAUUUUGGUAAGAGUGUGUAAAUAAUUGCUUUAAUUUUAAUAAAAAAAUCUUCCAUUAAUUUCAAUG